GCAGCGGCUUCCCCUGCGCGCGGCCAACGGCUGCCUGCGGGCCGCGCGGCUGAGCGCCCGCCAGCGCCCCGCGGCGGGCGAGCCAAUUGUCUUUAGGAAAUGGCCUCUUCUAAAUCACUGAUGAACCUUCUAACCUUCACUUUUGGAUCUGCAAUAGGAUUUUUCCUAUGCUAUCUUCUGUUCAGCAUGAUACUAGAAGAACAGGUUAAGAUUCAACCUCAUAUUCUUCACAAUGACCCACAUGGCCAACACUCAGCAGAUGCUGGUAGUAAUCAGCUGCAAGGACAAAUGAAUUUCAAUGCAGACUCUGGACAACAUAAAGAUGAGAAUAAAAAUAUUGCAGAAGGACUCUAUCAGAAGGUGAAAAUACUUUGUUGGGUGAUGACUGGACCUCAGAAUCUAGAAAAGAAAGCCAAACAUGUUAAGGCCACUUGGGCCCAGCGUUGUAAUAAAAUACUUUUUAUGAGCUCUGAGGAAAAUAAAGACUUUCCAACUGUGGGCCUAGAAACCAAAGAAGGCAGGGACCAAUUGUACUGGAAGACUAUUAAAGCUUUUCAAUAUGUUUAUGACCAUUAUUUUGAGGAUGCUGAUUGGUUUAUGAAAGCAGAUGAUGAUACAUAUGUUAUAUUGGACAAUUUGAGAUGGCUUCUUUCAAAAUACAAUCCUGAACAACCAAUAUACUUUGGAAGAAGAUUUAAACCUUAUGUGAAACAAGGCUACAUGAGUGGAGGGGCAGGUUAUGUUCUAAGCAAAGAAGCUCUGAAGAGAUUUGUUACAGCAUUUAAAACUAACAAAUGCUCUCACAGUUCUUCUAUUGAAGACCUCGCACUAGGAAAAUGCAUGGAGAUUAUUAAUGUGGAAGCAGGAGAUUCUAGAGAUACAAGUGGUAGAGAAACUUUUCAUCCCUUCGUUCCAGAACAUCUCUUAAUCAGAGGAUACCUUCCAAAAACAUUUUGGUACUGGAAUUAUAAUUAUUAUCCUGCUAUAGAGGGUCCUGGAUGCUGCUCUGAUCUCGCAGUUUCAUUCCACUAUGUUGAUUCUAUGACUAUGUAUCAGUUGGAGUAUUUGACUUAUCAUCUCCGUCCAUAUGGUUAUUUGUACCGGUACAAUCCUGAUUCUGCAAAGAAUCUAGAAGAGCAGAACAGAAAUGAAGCACUGGAAGAUAAUCAAAAGCUAAAGCAAAAAAGUUCUGAGAAUUAAUCAGACUUUGAAGAGAUCUAAAAAACGCCAGUACGGUGAGCAAGAAUCUCCUUGAACUCCUGCAUCAAGCUUCGACAGAAGACCAAAAUUACUCAUGGUGAUUCUUAUAUCCCAAAUCAUACAUUGGCAGUAUUUCCUGUCAAUGAUUAUAUACAACAGGGUCUAGUGCUGGCUCUUGACUGUUUGGGUUAGUGUGACCUUUCAGCCCUACUCAGAAAGAUUUGGGCCCUAAAGCUGUGAAAUAGGAAUUUGUUCUGGUGCACUAGUACCUGGAAGAACUUUUAUUAAAAAUGUGGUGGACAGAUUCAAAUAUAAUCAUAAAGUAUUUCUAUUCCUUUUCUGUUCCCCUUCUCAUUUCCUUCCAGAUGUUGUAUUAGGCCAGUUCUAAUAUUAGAAACCAAUGCUGCAUGGUGAAAUACUUCAUGAUGAAUUUCUGUAGUAUUCUCGGUAUCUUGAAGUUAUGUUAAAUAUCUUGCCCUAUAACGAAGAGAUGAGGUGAAAACUGAGCCUCAGAUCUAUUAGCCUUAAAGACAGACUAGAUAAUGUGUGUAGACAGAGAUCAAUUGCUAUGAAUUCAUUUUUAAACAUUUACUAAAACUGCCUAUUUUAAACAAACAACAUGAAGCCUAAAUUUCUGAGGUGAUAGAGGAGUUUACAUAUUUGCCUGUGGCAGUAGUUUCUUUCUUUUUAUUUUUCUCUUUUUUUUUUGUUGUUGUUGUUGGUCUGCAAUGUAUCAACUUACCCCUUGACUGAAUAGAUAUUUAAAAAAAUUCAUCUCAGAGCUUCUCAGCAAAAGAUAAAGCAGAUGGUUUUUCAAAUGUCUUUCUCUCUUCACAUCUUCCAUGUAAGCCAAAAAAUUUAGUGUCUUAGCAAAGUUACACUGGCACAUAAUGAUGUGGUUUCACCCAGUAUUAUAAUUAGUUUAUUUCUAGUUAAUUUUAACAUUUUAACAUACUUUGAGAUUGUGGAAUUAGCUUGUUCAUAAAAUUUUACAGGCAAGAGCAAGUCUUGUUUUAAAAACUACAGCAAAGCUGAUUUGACUGUUUCCCUACACAGUUAGUUUAUUUGGCUAAAAUACUUAAUUUCACUUCUCUGAAGA